AUGAGUGAUAUCAACGUAUUUGUGACAUCCAAUUUAACUUCUUCAGAAAGAAGAAUCUCUCCUCAAUGGAGUAUGGCUCAUCUUAAAGAAAGAUUAGAAACUAUAACUGGUAUCAAACCAGAAAAUCAAACCCUUCAUUAUUAUCCAAAUCAACAUUCAAAUGUAUUUUCCAAAUUAUCAACCUCAGAAGAUUAUAUCACCGACAAAGACAAAGAUACAUUCUUAACUAGCUUGAAUUUAAAUGCUUAUAGUAGAAUUCAUGUUAUUGAUGAAGAUCCAGAUUCUGCUGUAAAUGAAUUAUCAAAAGAAACGGACAUCGGCAUUGACAAUAACAACAACGAACCUGAAUUCAAAUUAUCAGAAGCCGAAUAUGUCAAAAGAGCUGAUUCAGCAUUACAAUGGAAGAAGGAGAAUCGUUUGGGUAGGUUUGAUCCUAAUUAUGAAGCCUUGCGUGAAAAGGAACAACAAGAAAAUAAAGUUAAAUUAUCUGAGAUGAAAGUUGGAGACAGAUGUAGAACUAUAAACAUCGAAGGAGAGAGAAGGGGUGUGGUUAGAUAUAUUGGGAAGAUUCAAGUUAUUGAUCAAGGUGAAAGUGAUUGGGUAGGUAUUGAAUUUGACGAACCAGUAGGUAGAAAUGAUGGUUCCAUUGCUGGUUUUAGAGUAUUUGAAUGUAGACCUGGACAUGGAAGUUUCGUAAAGCCGAAACAAGUUGAAGUUGGCGAUUUUCCUGAAUUGGAUCCAUUUGCAAGUGAUCUGGAGGAAGAAUUGUAA